AUGAGCAAUACACCCCUCCCAUCGUCAUUCGACGCACAUCCAGAAUUCUUUCAGGAAACAAAAUGGCAGAAAUUCACACGUCGCAUCAAAGAAGAACCUCUUAUCCCAAUAGGCUACGCCGCAACCAGCUACGCCCUCUGGCGCGCCUACAAAUCCAUGAAAGCUGGCGAUUCCAUCGAACUGAACCGCAUGUUCCGCGCGCGUAUAUACGGGCAUGCAUUUACCCUCUUCGCCAUUGUUGCGGGCGGCAUCUACUACGGGCAGGAACGCAGGCAGCGCAAGGAGUUCGAGAAGGCGCUGCAGCAGAAACAGGACCAGGAGAAGCGGGAUGCGUGGUUGAAGGAGUUGGAGAUACGGGAUAAGGAGGAUAAGAACUGGAGACAGAGACAUGCUGCUAUUGAAAUGGCGGCGAAGGAGGCGGAGAAGAAGCGGGGUUAG